AACGGGGCUAUAAUGCUGACAAAAAUAUGAUAGAGUUUUUUGAUGGCACGUGUGUUUUCAAGGACAGAACGAGGGACAAAAGAAGUCUUAUAAUGAAACUGAAGAACUUUUUCAUGUGCUUGUAUUGUUCUCCUAGUGAUGUGGUGGACAUAAUCUCCUUCUAGAUAUAUAUUUGGCUGUAUUUUUUAUUCCAUAUUUGUACCAAUUAUUACCUUCCGUAUUUCUCAUCAUCCACAUUUUUGCAGCAUCACUGCCGAUGUUGUGGCCGAACUUUAUGUGCUGAACAUUCAUCAAACCAAAUGGCCUUGCCACAAUUUGGUAUUCACUCUGAUGUGAGAGUAUGUGCUGAAUGUUUCAAUAAUGCCUCUAGAUCAAAGAAAGAUGACAUGCCAGCUUCUUCAAAUGGAGUUAAUGCUGCAACAGAUUCAGUUUCGAGGUUGGAUAUCAAUGUUGUUGAAGAUACCAAAUCUGAACCAACAGCUGAGAAACUACCAGUUCCUGGCAUUUUAGAGUGCAAAUGUGGAAUGCCUUUGUGUAUUUGUGAAGCACCAGCUCCUCCAACUGAUUCUGUUACCCUACAGCAGGUAAAAACUACUUCCACUCCCACAAUUCAAUUGAAUCCAAAACCAAAAAAGGCAGACCCAAUUCCAAAGAGAAGAGGUUCAACAUCAAACAGCAAACCCAGUACUAUAUUUAAUCAUGGUCAAGCUACUAACACUACCCUAGAUAGAUCAUCCAUGGAUUAUGAAGUUAGUGGAGAGGGUUUGAGAGAAGCUAUAAAAAAUGGAGAUACAGCUUCUGCUAAAAAGCUUUUGACUCAGGGAGUGGAUGCAAAUUACUGUGACAAACAAGGGUCAUCUUUAUUACAUCUGGCAGCAGUUUUCAAUCAAACUGAGAUAGCUUUUGCCCUCAUGGAUCAUGGAGCAAGCAUGGACUCCAAGAAUUUACAAGGUGAAACACCACUAGAUUGUGCACCCGCCACAUUGCAAUACAGAAUGAAGAAGAAGAUAGAAGAAAGUAUGCAAGGGGAUCCAUGAAAUUCCAUUUGUAGAAACUCUUUGUUUCUAACGUUUUGAUGUGGAAAGUUAGCAUACUUUCCACAAGCAUUGGUGAUUGUGAUCUAAUGUUUACUGAUAUUUAUUAAUGUUAUUAGUGUCCCUGACCAAUGAUGAAACUCUUAAUCAUAAAAUCUUUGACACAAUUUUCAGUUAUCAUCCAUGUUAUGAAUAACAAUAGCAACGAUGCAAUAAUCAGGUUUAUUUUUAACGAUGAUUUAUUUUUGCUUCAUUCA